AUGAGCGAAGAACGCAAAUUCAAGGAAGUUCCCGCCGAUUUCAAAGUGAAUACAAGCCGAAUGCCGUUGGUUCUCAAAGCGUAUAGGAUGAAAAACUUCAAAGUUGAUCCACAAUUGUUGAAAAAACUGGAUGAUGGGGAGUCAAUUGACGACGUUACCAAUCCACCAUCGACUUCUGCAACCGCUACAGCAGAAAUUAUCACUGACCCGCCUUUAAAACGAAAAGCUCUGGAAGGAGGAUUCUCUAGAAAGUCAAAACCACGGCUACCAGAUGAAAAGUGCACCCAAUGUGGCUGCCGAAUGCUUCGAUCCGUGGAUCCCGGGCGCCCAGAUGGGGAACUUCUUCUGGAGUGUAUGCGAGCAAACUGCUUGGCGUCUGUAGACUUCACUUCGUUGCCAGCAGGAACUGUCAUUGGCAAUGAGCGAGAUGCGAAGCUUCCACUCUACUACAACCUGGACCUCUACUACCAAACAGCUCCUGACCCAACACCACCUACUCGCAAACCCAUGUCAUUGACCAGUCGCGGGCUAUUCGUAGAAGUUCCUGGCCAAGAAACCAUGGCUCGUUUCUUGAACUGA